GCUGCACCGCCCCUUACAGCCGGGAGGGCGGCUCAGCUCGCCUCGCCUUCGCCCGUGACCAGCCCUGCGCGGGGGGAGCCGCCGCCGCCGCUGCUCUCUUUGUGGCCGCGGCUACCGCUUCACCGCCGCGGGGACGCCCCCUGCGCCUCGGCUGCUGAGGAGGUCGCUGCUGGGAGAGGUUCGUGGGGAGGCGAGCCCCAGCGCGGUGCAGCCAUGGGGCUGCAGCCGCUGGAGUUCAGUGACUGCUACCUGGACAGCCCCUGGUUCAGGGAGCGGGUUAGAGCCCAUGAGGCCGAGCUGGAGAAGACCAAUAAGUUCAUCAAGGAGUUGCUAAAGGAUGGGAAAAACCUGAUCGCCGCCACUAAAAACCUUUCAGCAGCCCAGAGAAAAUUUGCCCAUUCUCUGAGAGACUUUAAAUUCGAAUUCAUUGGUGAUGCAGAGACAGAUGAUGAAAGAUACAUAGAUGCAUCACUUCAUGAGUUUUCAAACUUCUUAAAAAAUCUGGAAGAGCAAAGAGAAAUUUUGGCACUCAGUGUUACUGAAACUCUGAUCAAACCUUUGGAAAGAUUUAGGAAAGAGCAGCUAGGAGCUGUAAAGGAGGAAAAGAAGAAGUUUGAUAAAGAGACAGAGAAGAACUACAGUUUAUUAGAAAAGCAUUUGAAUUUAUCAGCAAAGAAGAAAGAGCUACAAUUACAAGAGGCAGAUAACCAAGUGGAGCAGAAUAGAAAACACUUCUAUGAGCUGUCCCUUGAGUAUGUGUGCAAGUUGCAAGAGAUACAGGAGCGGAAGAAAUUUGAGUGUGUGGAACCUGUGCUGUCAUUUUUCCAGGGUUUGUUCACUUUCUAUCAUCAGGGAUAUGAGCUUGCUAAAGAUUUCAGUCAUUACAAAAUGGCCCUGCAGAUAAAUAUACAAAAUACACGAAAUCGUUUUGAAGGAACAAGGUCAGAAGUAGAGGAGCUCAUGAACAAGAUCAGAAGAAAUCCUCAGGAACAUAAAAGAGCAAAUCACUUCACGAUGGAAGGCUAUCUCUAUGUACAGGAAAAAAGGCCUGCUCCCUUUGGUUCCAGUUGGGUGAAGCACUAUUGCACGUAUAGGAAAGAGACAAAGAAGUUCACCAUGAUCCCAUUUGAACACCGAUCAGGGGGAAAAGUUGGUGAUGAGGAACUCUUUGUCCUUACCUACUGUACCAAAAGAAAUAUAGAUACUAUAGACAGGCGAUUCUGUUUUGACUUAGAAGCUUCAGACAGGCCUGGAGUUCCCGUGACCAUGCAGGCGUUUUCUGAGGAAGACAGGAAGCUGUGGAUGGAAGCCUUGGACGGAAAAGAAGCUCUAUUCAUCAGUACGAAUAGAGCAAAUGCAAAACGAGAGGGAAGUGCACAAUUGGAUAAAAUAGGGUUCACCAUCAUCAAAAAGUGCAUCAGUGCUGUUGAAACACGAGGUAUAAAUGACCAAGGAUUGUACAGAGUUGUGGGGGUGAGUUCAAAGGUCCAGAGACUUCUGAGUUUGUUGAUGGAUGCAAAAACCUGCAAUGAAGUUGACCUGGAAAACUCUGUAGAUUGGGAAGUGAAGACAAUUACUAGUGCUAUGAAGCAAUAUCUGCGAAGCCUUCCAGAGCCACUGAUGACCUACGAGUUGCAUGGAGAAUUCAUCGUUCCUGCCAAAAGUGGGAGUCCUGAAUCUCGAGUUAAUGCUGUUCAUUUCUUGGUCCAUAAACUCCCAGAAAAGAACAAAGAGAUGCUGGAAAUUUUGGUGAAACAUUUAGCAAAUGUUUCAAAGCAUGCCAAGAGGAAUCUAAUGACUGUGGCAAAUCUAGGAGUAGUAUUUGGACCAACCUUAAUGAGGCCACAGGAAGAAACUGUAGCAGCCAUCAUGGACCUGAAGUUUCAGAAUAUUGUCGUUGAAAUCCUGAUAGAAAAUCACGAGAAGAUUUUCAAAACCCUGCCUGAUGCCACUUUUCCUGAGCCAAUCUCUAUGUCAGUAUCUCCUCCAAAUGCCCCACCAAGGCAAUCAAGAAGACAAGGACAGCGUAUUAAGAGGCCUCUGGCUGUUUACAAUCUCUGUCUUGAGCUGGAUGAUGCUGACAGUCACAGCUCUCCCAGAGAAGACACCCCAACUGGGAGCAUGGAUUCUCUUUCUUCCCAGUCUCCAACACCUGCCUUCCCUAGUAGUCCGCCUGGGCUCCUGGAUGGAAAUCACCUUAUUAUGGACAGCGGAGACCUUGCAGGCUGGACAACGAAUCUUCCUGGUCAGAGCCGCCCAUCGAUGGUAUCAUGGAUGAACACUCCGUCUGCUAACCCAGCUGCCACGAAUACUCCACCAUCCGCUUUCUUCUUCCCUAACCCUGCCCCUGGGAGUGACAAAGCAGUGGAAAGUGUUGCCCACCGAAAAGCAAGAGCAGUUUAUCCAUGCGAAGCAGAACAUAGCUCUGAAUUAUCAUUUCAGAUAGGAGCAAUAUUUGAAGAUGUGCAAUUUUCCAGGGAACCAGGAUGGCUAGAAGGCACGCUAAAUGGCAAGAGAGGACUUAUUCCACAAAACUAUGUUCAGUUUUUAUAGCUUUGUGCAUUGAACGCCAAGAAGGUGUACAUGGUAUCCAUGGAUUUUUGUUAUAGUCACUUCUCCCUACUUUUGUGACUGCUUUUAAUCAACGAAGAGCCUGACUAUGGGUUGAAGGUCCUGAUCUGUAUAAAGACAUUAAGUGUUGCCAAAUAUAAAUUACAAGAAAAGAUUCUUUAAGGGUUGGAAUGGGUGGGGGGACAAGAAUGGGGGAUGGAGGGAUAGGUUCAUUUUCUAAUAGGGUGCUUUUUUCCAUUGUAAAGAGCAGUAGUGGUACAUUUGCUUGAGAGAUGCCUAGCAUUGUAAGUCAAAUAUUUGGUUGAUUCUGACUCAAGUUUCAGUUUAAGAAGAUUUUUAUAAACUUAGUGUCAUCAUAGAAUCCCAGACUGGCUUGGGUUGGAAGGGACCUUAAAGCUCAUCUAGUUCCAACCCCACUGCCACGGGCAGGGACACCUUCCACUAGACCAGGUUGCUCAAAGCCCCGUCCAACCUGGCCUUGAACACUGCCAGGGAUGGGGCAGCCGCAGCUGCUCUGGGCGCCCUGUGCCAGUGACUCACCACCCUCACAGUGAAGAAUGUCUUCCUCAUAUCUAAUCUAAAUCUACCCUCUGUCAGUUUAAAGCCAUUCCCCCUUGUCCUAUCACUACAUGCCCUUGUAAAAAGUCCCUCUCCGGCUUUCUUGUAGGCCUGCUUUAGGUAUUGGAAGGCUGCUGUAAGGUUUCCCCUGAGCCUUUUGGAGAUUAUUCCUAAAAAAUCAGCAUUUUUAACAUAAUAUUAUCUGGGGUUGGAAAAUACUGUUGGAUAAAAAAAAAAAUAUCAUGCUGACAAAUUACAUUUCAAAGCAGAAUAGAUGAUAUGGAACAGACACCAGUAAGUAAAAUAAUAGGUAUCAAGACAUGACAUUUUUCAAAUGUCUUCAAAGAACACAUUCGUUUAUGUUGUGUGUAUGAUUUCAUUUAUUUUAUAAAGAUAAGGCACAUGAACUUUUAUUACAGGCUCCUAUAUGUCAUGGUUCCUUUGCUACUCAAAAAUAUCACUGUAAAUGAAAUAAAAUGUUAUUUGCUCUUUGACCUAAGUCAUUCCUACGUUGGAGGAUAUUUUGCUCUAGUUCUGUUAAGUUUCGAUGUGAAAUAAUUACUGGCAGCUCUAUGCAGCAAGCCUCAAGCAGGUUCCAAAAUGGAUGCGGAACUGUCCUCACUUAAAAUAGCCAACUCGGCAAGCUCAAGCCAAAACCAAAAGUGAAUCUCUGGCUGUGGGCCUUACACGUCCUAGAGGCAUCUUGUGUUUUAUCCAUUUUCUGUCUGUCUAGCUCCUCCUUGAGCUCCCCUUUCUUCCUCCCCUGUGGUUGUCAAUUGUAAGGUCCUAAUGGUGCUUCAUAGUAUCAGGAUCCUCAAGUAACUGCCUCGUAAUUUGUAGAACUAUUUGAGCAGUAAGAAAGUUACCUGUGGUCUUAGAAAAAGCUUCCAGAAAUCUUGUGGUGUAUAAAUCUGUGCCUUGCGAUUAAAAAGAAAGAAACAAGUUACAUGCAGUUUUAUCAUUAAUCUUUCUAUUUUUCUCUUCCUCAAGUUAAGACCCUCUGGGAGGCAGUGGAGAGGAUGCAGGAAAAUAUGACGGGAUGACAUGCUAGUACAGGCUCGCUUAUUUCUUAAAUUGGACUCCAUGGAUUUGGAGUCAUUUACUGCAAAUAUACUUAGCUUGCAAGUUUUUCUAACUAAUGUGAUUAGUAACCCAGUUAAUGGUUAAUGCUGCCUUAAGGCUGAGAUGGCUUUUUUCCUCCUGCAGAUUUAACUCCAUACCAUUAUUUUGUUCCUUUGCCCAGACUGCACAGACCAUUGGAGUAUGCACAAAUCACUUCCAGCUGGAGAAAUGGUGGGCCAAGCCAAUGCAGCUCUCCAGCACUAAACCUCAGAGCUCGGAGGAGUUCCGUUUGGUGUAUUCUGCUGGUAUUUGGGCAGUGACUCUCUGCCAUGCAGCUUUUAGGCAGUUCUUGUCUUGGCAUAGUGGCUGAGUCACCCAGGCACUGAAGAUGACUUUUGGACUUCUCCGAAGGACAUCCAAGUUCUUUAAUUUACUCCUUGACUCAGUAGUAAGGAAAUAGUUGCACCAGUACAUACAGCAACAGAUUGCAGGUUUCCUUACUCAGAUUUGUUCAUAUGGCAAGGCCCUGUUCUGGCUGUGUAUUGUGUCGCCUGGGCCUGUGGCUCAGUCGGCUCAUUUGUGGCCUUGAAGAGUCACUCCGGAGACAGGAUGGUGUGGCCGGGUUGUGGCCAGACUCGUUUUUCUGUGGAAAAUGUUGAAAGAGGGAGAAUGUAAAUCUUUGGUAUUAGCCUAGUAGGGGCAUGGCAGCUGGGUAUGCUGGCUUGUCACACAGCAAAGCUGUGGUAACUUGAAGCUUACAAGCUUUUUAAGUUGCUUCCAUUUGGUUCAUUGUUGUUUUAAACCUGUAAUGCAUGUUUGAUCUUGUCCUGGAUGCUGUCUUCCAAAGCUCUCAAUGUAUUUCUCAGCUCUAGAGCUGGGUUAUGUUUUUUUUUUUCUUUUUAACUGAGGUGGUUUAAAAAGGCAGGUAGAGAGGGAAUAAUAGACUUGGUGUCUCUUCCAUCCGGUCCUGUGACCUUUUUUGCCUUUAGGUGAGAUGUUUGGAGACUCCCAUUACUUCCUGGAGCCACGCAGAACCCAAACAAGAGGAAAACUUCUCUACUGAGCAGUCAUACACUGAGCAGAGGUUUCCUUCUGAUGGCCAGAUUUAUCUAUCCUGUAAUGAAAGUAAGUGUUCCUGCUCCACUGCUUACACUUUAUCUAGCUGGGCCUCUGUAAUUGUAGCACAGAAAAGACUUGGGGAGAAACUUGGAACAGAGAUUCUCAUUCUCUUAACCCAUUUCAGAAUUCUUACCUGGUUUGCAAUUUAAAGAGUUGCUGACAGAGGGCUUGUGUAGGCUGUAAAUGCACCAGUGUUAAACGUGGUUUAACUGAAAGUCAUCACUGGAGUUUCACCUUUUAGGCUGAAUGUACCUUGGACACAUCUUCUACUCCAGAGUUCAAGAGUGUGCCCUCACCUGUGCCUGCAGGAACCCACAGCAAACAGAAGGCAGGUGCGAGAAUUUUUGGCAAUAAAAGGCAACUGGCCGCCAUGAAGACUACGGGUACUCAGUGUCUAUGAAAAUGAAGUCUUCUGCCCAGAGGGAAAAGAUCAGCCAUGAACUAUUGUAUCUCUAAUUCUCAGCUGGAUACACACCGUUCAUCAUUAAAUCAGAUUAUUUGGUUAACUUCAGUGCACUCUCCGGGGGUUGCAACCUACAACUGCCAGAGCAGCUGAUGGUUUUAGCUCAACAACAGGCUUCUGUGUCACACUGCAGUAUUUCAGGUUUUAUAGCAUCACAGGCCUUAUGAAACUGUUGAUCUGGUAAGGCAUUUCUAUUUAUAAAGGCAUUUUUUUAAUACACCCCCCCCCACCCCCCCCAGCUUUUUUCUGCUUAAUAAUCAUUAAAAUAUAGAGACAGUAGUUAAAGGAAGUAUCUCUUUUGGAAAAAAACCCUAAACCCUAAAUUCUCCAUUUCCACAGUGGCACCUAACAGCAGUUUUGCUUUCUCUCAGUGGACUAAGCAUGAUCCUGAGAAUUUUAAAGACAAAAAUUUCUAUUUAGCUUCUCAAUGACCAAGUAGGAAGCUUUGUUCUGCAACACCACAAGCACUGUCUACUGCACCAUGGCCCUCCUUUGGCUUCCUCUGGCUGGCAAAAAGGUGGUCAUGGAUGAAAUCAUAUCUCAGUUCUCCCAAAUGGCAGCUGACAGCCAUUUUGUUACCCUAAUAGAGGUGGUCUCCAGCUGUAACAGGGAUGCAAGCUGAAGGACAAAAUGGCAUACGGGUACCAAGAGCUUUUUGCUAUGUGGGGAAAAAAUACCGUGUGUCUUCUAAGCACCAAUAAAUUUAGCCUGACUUGUUCUACCUUG